GAAUCUUAAGCCGUCAACACUCCCUCUCUUCGCCUCCGCCGUGAACCAUGAGGAAACCAAAGUCAAAGAAGAAGGUCUUAGUGGAGGACGAGGAAACGCCACAACAAUACGAAGUCGGAGGUAUUUCACUCUUCCCGUUGCUCUCGUUUUUUCCAAAAUCCCAGAAUCUGAUUUGUUUUAUAUAUGUAGAUCCAUCUUCACCGGACCUCCGUCUACCUCCUCUACUUUUCGCGACGGACCGGUUCCCCACCAGACGUCAUAACAUCUAUUCCUCUCCGGAUCUACUCCCUUUUAUUCGCAACGUCCUUCGCGACACGCCGGAAUUUGAAACCAUCCGUAGGUCCUGUUUCGGGAAACUCUUCGACCUCCCUGCUCGUCAAUGCCAUGUGUCGUGUAAGCUGAUCCACGCGUUUCUCACUCGUCAGCUUGUUUGUCUUCCAAAGAACACGCUUUGGUCCGCAUUUGGUGGUUUUCCUUUCCGAUAUGGUCUUGAGGAAUUUGGCACUGUCACGAGCCUCCCUUGUGGUUCAUACCCUGAAAGAUACAAUCCCAAAACCGCUAAAGCUAUUGUCGCCGGCAAAGAUAGAGUAUGGAAGAGACUUUUUGGGAAGAAAAAAUUUGUGACGAUUGCUGAUCUUUGUCGGAUGCUUGAGACCGACAAAGAUAUGGAUGGGUGGAAAAAGAUACGGAUUGCUCUCAUUAUAAUCGUCGACGGCGUUCUCAUCGCUCACAAACAAGAAGCACGCCCCACUCCUCGUUAUGUUAGGAUGGUUGAAAACCUCAAAACCUUUCUUGCUUUCCCAUGGGGUAGAGAGUCUUUCCUCAAGACCAUCUCAUGCAUGAAACCGCCGAGUUUUGUCCCCAAGAAAUGUGAAGAUCCUGUUGCUACACUUGUCAAGACGCUCAAGCAGGGCAGUUUCAGAUUACAAGGCUUCCCACUUUCACUUCAGCUUGUAGCAUUUCGUGCCAUCCCCCUGCUUCUGGAUUAUAUACCGGCUCCAUUAAACAACCUCACCUUGAUGGACUUGGAAGAUGGUACUCUACCACAGCACAAGUCAAUCAAUGCCAUCCACAUCCGACGCGUCGAAUUUGACCCCAAUGUAAGUCUAAAACUUUUGUAUUAAAUAACUCCAAAAUGUAUUUUUUAAUCUAAUAAUUUUACAAAACUAAGAUGCUUUUGAAUUUUCUCAGCUGGUAGUCACUCCUAUUAUACCCAUCGAAAGUCAGCCACAACCAGGAUGGGGUAUGUUUCCAGACGAUGCGAAGGACGACAGUGUUCUCUACUUGGAACAACUUAUAGCUGGUCAACAUUCCUUCAACAAACAUAUGUGGCAUGGCGGGGUUACAUCUGAGCCUAUCAUCAAAAAGCCAAAGAUCCGUGUCAAGAAGAAGGCUGCUACUAUUAAGCAAUCUCUACAAACAAGACAGCCGUCUGCAAAGAAGCAAAGGCGUAUAAGUUCCUACUUUACAGGUUCAACCACCCAAAGCUUCACCAACGUUCAACUUACAGAGAUGGUGAUCCAACUUUCAACGCAAGUGAAGCAGCUCAAACGCGAGAUGAAACGUAGGAAGAAGCGAUCUCAUGCAAGGCUAUCAUCUUUCAACAAACUUUUAUCUCGUCGCAAGCAGUCCAACACACCACCCCACACUCCAGAACCAAGUCAUAAUCAGGAUGAUGCCCCAAUGGAGACAGAUGACAUGCCUCAAACGACAUCCCCUAUAAUCAGUCAAUACGAAGCUCAGCUACAUCGCGAUUCUGCAGAUGAUCAUCUUGCUAGUUCCCCUGUAACCGACCACUGCAUCCACACAGAGAGUGUCCACGUUUCACCUAACCACAACAACACAUGUGCCCACCCAUCCCCCGACCACAAUGUUCACCCUAGUCAACUCUCCCCCGUUUACGCCACUCCUCCACUCAGUCAUCUGUCUCUUGCUAGCUCACAUACGAGCGACCACUUAAUCCACAUUCAGAGUGUCCACGUUUCACCUAACCACAUAAACGCAUGUGUCCACA